UGGGAGCUGACUCGCACCGUGACCACUCCGCAAUUGUGUGCUUCUGGCUAUGUCUGGGAUCACCCGCAGAAGCUUUAUGCGUGUGGCUGACCGUGCUUACUACGGUGCGUAUACUCCAGCCUGUCCCAUUCAACCCGACUCGUUGCGUAACCGUGUGCACGGAGUUGCCACUUGGACCUCGAGGCUGGACAAAGAUGGUUGUUUCUCGUACGAGAGCGGAUUGGGGAGGUGGAAGGCUAGCGCGAUUGAAUUUGCGCAUUACCUGGAAGUCCUUGCAAUGGAGAUGCAGCCGGUUCUGGAUACGUUGGUAAGGGCAACGGUUGCAGACAAUGAGCCAGCCCCGAAAGCGUGGCAGUUCCAGUUUGAGAUGGCGAAGCACGCUCGCUCCCUCAGAGAGGCAAGAAGUCAUUCCGACCUUUCGUUCGCCCACGUCGCGGCUUCCUGGCAGUGCGCGAGAGCCGUGCACUUUUACCGUAAAUACCGCAAACAGGCAGAAGAUCUCUUGCGCGCUACCCCUCAGCCAGAACCCACUCAACAAACAACCGGUCCACCAGCCUCUACCGCACCCUCGGCGGGACAACACCCUUCCCGCGUCACCCCCGAAUGCUCUCCAUCUGUGUUGAACCCUUCGACUCGAGCUAGCGCACCAUCCCUGCCUCUGCCAGGACCGCCGGCAGAGGAUGAGGAGGGCGGGCAUGGAUUGCCAGCCCAUGCACCUCCUCAGAAGGAUGUAGUGUGCUCUCCUAAGGAGGGGUCAGGCAGCACAGACAAUGCUGCAAGGCUGGCGGUCAAGCCACAGCAUCCAUCUUCCAGCUCAGCACUGGCCAGGAGGGUGAACGAAGCCACACAACAAGGGUCGCGAGCUCAACGCACGCCGUCCGAGGCAGCGUCGCCAAGCAAUGGAGUGCAACUCCCAAUUCCAGUGCCCACUCGCUCCUCAGGUCGGCUCGACUGUCCACCACAUCUCGCUCUUCGGCCACUCCUGUUUCCUGCUCCGGCACCAUGCAAUCAGCCAGUGGCACUGACUCGGACACAUCCCGCACCAUCGAAGAAUUCCAACGAGCUGCUGACCGCAGAAAACGGGUUCAUCGCGGGCGCGCGUUUCCGGCAGUGCCGUCCCCCUUCGAGCGGCUCCACUCCCGCGCUCAAGCGGGUUGAAAGCGCGCAGGAGCAUCGUCUGGCAGCCCCGAUACCGUGCGUGAAGGCUGGGCGGCGACCAAAGAGCACGAACCUCGGUGCUUCACGGAUGGGGGGCGCGAGAGCAGGAAAGUCGAGACGGCCGCGCCUUAGCACGUCGACUCAAGCAAUGUUUGCACGAUGCGUACCUCAGCGCUACAACGUACCUUCUCCCCCGCAGACAUCGCCCACGGCAUCGCGUGACAUGCUAGCUGCGCGGACUGAUAUGCGUCCUGCGCUCUGGGAGAAUGUGAAUGAGCAGGCGAGCACGAAAGAUGUCGUUAGCACACGAGAAGAGAGCGACACGCGACAGAAGCCUCGGCAUGAGUUGCUAGCAGCGCCUUGGGCCGCGCACUCGCCGCGGCGGUGUCUCACCGCGCGCGGUCCCGCGCUCGCGCCCGGGCUAGUCGACAACGUGCAGGCGCAGAGGGAAAGCGACGUCAGCGCGCGGGAGGAAGGCCGAACGCGACACGCACCAUGGCCGAAAACGCUCCUGGCUGCAUAUUCGCCACGUCGGUGUCCCUCCCCGCACAAUCCAGCGUCUGCAGUCAAAUUUAUCGAGAUCGGCCCCGCGAGAUUGGCGAACUCGAACGAGCUGGCGAGCAAGGAAUUCGGCGUCAGCGCACGAGAAGAACGCUGCACGCGACGCGCACCUCAGGAUGAAUCACGCGUCGAAAAAUUGCCUCGUCGGGACGUAGACUCUUCGCCGCGAAAGGACGUGGAGCUACAGGGUGUGGGGAUCCGACUUCAGCUGCCGAGGGACGCGAACGAGAACAAAGGGGGAUGGGUGCACCAGAACGCACCAUCUCCACCACGAGCGCCCUCAUCGCCAUCUCCUUUCCCAGAGUCGCCCGAUUUGACAGUUGCGCGGGCUCGUACGCACCCCACGCCGUCUGCGAGUUCGAGCGAGCUGACAAGCGCGGAGCUCGACAUCAGCUCGCAAAGGGAGAGCAGCACGCGAAGCGCACCUUGGUCAAAAAUGCUGGUGACGGCGCAACCUCAGCGGCAACUUUCCGCUUUGCUCGCUCCCGGGCCC